AUGCCGCCUACCGGCGCCGUUUGGCUGCGGCCGACGCUGCUCCUCCGCUGCGCGCUCGCGGCACUGUGCGUCGCAGCACCAAGGCGCGCCGAGGAGGCGCCGCCGCUCUUCGAGCAGACCGCCUCGCGGGUCUCGGGCUUCGAAGGCCAGACGGUCUAUCUACCGUGCCGGGUGCGCAACCUCGGCGACAGACUGGUGUCCUGGAUGCGCGGUCGCGACCUGCACAUCCUCAGCUCGGGCGAGCUGAGCUUCAGCUCGGACGCGCGCUUCCGGCUGCAGCAUCCGGCGGGCAGCGACGCCUGGACGCUGCGGCUCGAGCGACUGCGCGGCUCCGACGCCGGCGCCUACGAGUGCCAGGUCAACAGCGAGCCCAAGGCGAUGCGCCGCGUGCAGCUGAGCGUCAGGGACUCGCCGCCGCCGCCGCCGGUCGACAGCCAGGACGAGCCGUCGCCGCAGCGCAGCGGAGUGGGGCAGGCACCGGAGCCGCGGGCCGCCAUAGCGGGUCCCCGGGAGCGGCGCGUGCAGCGCGGCUCGAGCGUCAGCCUCCGCUGCCUCGUGAGCGCGCCCCGCCGGGAGCGGCCCGUCGAGGCGGUGCAGUGGCUGCGGGACGCGAGGCCACGCUCGCCAACGUGA